UCGGAGCCACUUUCUUCCUCUUCUUUUACUCCUUAGUUCAUACCUAUACACGAAGAUCUCCAUUCCUCUACUACGAUUCUUUCAAAAAUCGAUGGAUUCAGAUGAGGGGGCUGGAGCAGUAGAGAGCUCAGUUGGGAGGGAGUUAGUCUCUGUCCCAUGUGAAGGAGAUUCAAUUAUAGAACCAUAUGAGGGCAUGGAGUUUGAAUCUGAAGAUGCUGCCAAGAUAUUCUAUGAUGAAUAUGCACGUCGUGUAGGUUUUGUCAUGCGUGUGAUGUCUUGUCGCCGCUCUGAGAGAGAUGGGAGGAUUCUUGCUCGUCGUCUUGGAUGCAAUAAAGAGGGUCAUUGUGUUAGCAUUCGAGGUAAAUUUGGACCUAUCAGAAAGCCACGACCAAGCACGAGGGAAGGCUGUAAGGCAAUGAUUCAUAUAAAGUUUGAUAAGUCUGGAAAGUGGGUGAUAACAAGAUUUGUUAAGGAUCAUAAUCAUCCACUUGUAGUGUCUGCACGGGAGGCUCGUCAAACAAUGGAUGAGAAGGACAAGCAGAUUCAAGAGUUAACUGCUGAGCUGCGGAAUAAGAAGCGACUAUGUGCAGCAUAUAAAGAACAGCUAACUGCAUUUAUGAAAAUUGUUGAAGAGCAUGGUCAUCAGUUAUCCAAUAAAGUGCAAAAUGUAGUCAACAACCUGAAGGAAUAUGAGUCCAUAGAGAUGGAGCUUUUGCAGCAUAGAUAGCGUAAGUAAUUGGAGAGUGUAACAUAGCACCAACUGGUCAAAUUGGUAAACUUUUGUUUUGGUUUUUACCCACUUUCACUUAAGUCUCUAUCAUUAAAGUUCCAUUUGGGCAUCCCCUUCUUGAACGGCUGAUCAAAAUGUGCCAUAUGGUUUUUACGUUGGUAAUCAUUGAAUUUAGCAAUGUAGGUUUAGCCCAACCGUGCCACAAUUGGGGUUUGUGAUGCACAAACGCAGGGAUAAGUGGAGCUCUUAAUUCAAAAAGAUAGUGAGGGUUGGCUUGGCAUUCAAAAGGUCUAUGAAAGGCUUUGCAUAAAGGGAGCCAGCUUGGAGCCAGCUUGAUUUGAGUGCAGAUGGUUACUGAUUUUGUUUGAACGGUCUUUCUAUGUUUCCCAUAAAAUGCUGGUAAGCCCAAAAAGGAUGUGUUUGUCAUCUGUGCUCCCGCUGCUGUGGAUCCAUCAAUAUAUUUUAUGAUAUUUUUCUUUGAAAUGCGAUGUUUCGAUUACGUCCUAUGUAUGUUCAUUUUCCAUAAAUAAGAAAAUAUUGUAAAGAGAUUACUGCAAGAAUGAGAAUUUGAUAUUCCGAAUUUGUUUGCAAUACCACAUUUGACGGUGUGGAGAUGGUUAAGAGAAAUACUAUAAUUGUAAUGUCAGGUGCAGGGGCAGAGGCAGAAAUUUUUUUCAGGGGGGCAAAAUACUAAAAUUUUCAAAGUUCA